AUGCUUCACCUACAAGUCGGCACCCUCGCGACAUGCAUAUUCCUUCUACAUCUCCUACACCCGACAAAAGCAUCAAAAGAUGAUAUACAGUACGUCAAUCCGCUGAUCGGUUCAACAAAUGGUGGGAACGUCUUCGCAGGUGCAAGCCUUCCCUACGGCCUCGCAAAACCCGUCGCAGAUGUAGACGGCCAGAACACCGGCGGUUUCUCCACAGACGGAAGCAAUGUCACCGGCUUCUCGCACAUGCACGACAGCGGCACGGGCGGAAACCCAUCUAUGGGUCAGUUCCCCUUGUUCCCGCAAUACUGCACCGAUAAUGUUCUCGACAAUUGCAAAUUCACUAAGACGGCACGUGCAAUCCAUUACAUAAAUGAUUCUGUUACUGCGCGCCCGGGGUAUUUCUCCUUGGCCUUGGUGAAUGGGAUCAAAGCGGAGAUGGUGGCUGCAAGGCGAACGGCGUUGUAUCGAUUUACGUUUCCCGAGAGCAAGACUCAGAAUGGAUCAAUGCUGGAUCCGCUUAUCGAGCUGGACUUGACGGAUUUAUGGGAUAGUCGACAGAACGCGACUAUAAAUGUUGAUGCUGAGUCUGGGCGAAUCAAGGGGAAUGGAACAUUUCUGCCUAGCUUCGGGGCGGGCUCUUACCAGGCUUACUUCUGUGCCGAUUUUGCGGGCGCUAAGCUUCGUGAUAGUGGGAUUUGGGUCAAUGAUCGUGCUGGCUCAGAGCCGAAGGAGUUGUUCGUUACUCGGGGCUUUAAUAAUUUCUAUCUCCAGGCUGGUGGAUUUGUGAGCUUUGAGAGACCGGAUAAUGGUGUUGUGACGGCGAGGGUGGGCGUCAGCUUUAUUAGUACUGACCAAGCGUGCUCGAACGCGGAGAUAGAGAUACCUGAGCCACUUGGUGACUUCGAGGGACUUCAAAUUACAGCUGAGAAUGCUUGGAAGGAAAAGCUUAGUCCUAUCAAGGUCAUACCAGGGGGCGUCAGUGAUGAUAUGCUGAGUGCGUUCUGGAGUGGGAUUUAUCGAACGAUGCUUUCGCCUCAGGACAUGACAGGAGAGAAUCCUUUAUGGGAAAGUGAUGAGCCAUACUUUGACUCAUUCUAUUGUCUUUGGGAUGCUUUCCGCGCUCAGCACCCUUUCCUUACGAUUCUGGAUCCGAAGGCGCAGUCGAGAAUGGUUCGGAGCUUGCUCGAUACCUUCAAACAUGAAGGGUGGCUUCCUGAUUGUCGGAUGAGUCUCUGCAAAGGGUGGACUCAGGGAGGCUCCAAUGCAGAUGUGGUGAUAGCCGAUGCCUAUGUCAAGAACCUGACUGGUAUCGACUGGGAGCUUGCCUACAUGGCAAUGGUAAACGAUGCCGAAAACGAGCCGCUGGAAUGGUCCUAUGAAGGACGAGGUGGUCUUCAAAGUUGGAAACGACUGGAUUAUAUUCCAUACCUGGACUUUGAUUACUUAGGAUUUGGAACCAAUUCGCGCAGCAUCUCACGAACAGUUGAGUAUGCUUAUAAUGACCACAGUAUUUCUGUGGUGGGCAAGGGCCUCGGAAAAGCGGAUUAUACCACCUAUGUUUCUCGAUCGAACAACUGGAAGAACAUUUUCAAAGACGACCAGACUUCACUACUAGAUAACGGGACUGAUACUGGAUUUGUGGGCUUCUUCCAGCCAAAGUAUCUCAAUGGUACCUGGGGCUUCCAGGACCCAAUUGCUUGCAGCGCCUUGGCUUCUUGGUGCUCGUUGACUUCGAAUCCCUCCGAGACAUUUGAGUCAAGCAUCUGGGAGUAUCAGUUCUACGUCCCUCAUGACAUGGCGACAUUGAUCAAACUCCUGGGGGGGCCCGAUGCUUUCGUGUCCCGACUAGAUUACUUCCACGAGUCCGGACUCGCAGAUAUCAGCAAUGAGCCCGUAUUUUUGACUGUGUAUGAGUACCACUUUGCAGGGCGCCCAGCUCUCUCCGCAAAGCGAGCCCACAGUUACAUCCCGAGGACAUUCAACUCCUCCGAGAACGGCCUUCCAGGCAACGACGACUCCGGGGCCAUGGGCUCAUUCCUCGCCUGGAGCAUGAUGGGUCUAUUCCCAAAUCCUGGCCAAAACGUCUACCUAAUAACUCCGCCCUUCUUCGAAGCAGUCGAAAUCACAAACCCGGAGACCAAUCAAACAGCCACGAUCCGAAACAUCAAUUUUGACCCCACGUACCCAAAUAUCUACAUUCAAAGCGCCACGCUCAAUGGGGAACCGUACUCGAGGAACUGGAUUGGUCAUGAGUUUUUUACCCAGGGUCUGACGCUGGAACUGACGCUUGGAGAGCAAGAGAGCGAUUGGGGUACAAGCAAGGAGGAUUUGCCUCCUAGUCUGAGUGAUUCAUUUGUCCAUAAUGAGGUGCAGCGUGCAUAA